CCACAGUAGUUUCACUUCUGAGUUUCUGUAGCCUGCAUGAACUUCCUGGCUGCUACGGAGGGAUCUAGCAGAGAGUGUGUGACUAUCUGUGGUGACGGGAGUGGAAAAGGUCCAGGCCCAGGUUUUCUUGGCGGAGGGCUAGGAGACAUGUGCAUACCUCAUGACCUGUGGAGGCCAGUGGUAGCCAGUGCAUCACAGAGGCUCAGGUGAGGUAAUUUCUGAACAUGGUGGGAAAAUUCUGGCUGCUUCUUCUCUGCCUCUAAAUCCAAUAUUGGAGCUUUUCAGGAAAAGCCAUGGCCUCAACCACAACCACCAGGAAGAUGAGGGAGGAAGCCACUUGCUCCAUCUGCCUGCACCUCAUGUCUAAGCCGGUGAGCAUCAGCUGUGGACACAGCUACUGCCACUCGUGCAUUGUGAACUUCUUUGAGAAUCUCUGCCGAAUGCAGCCAUCGCUGGAGACAUUCUCCUGUCCCCAGUGUCGGGUGCCAUUUAAAAUGUCAAGUCUCCGACCCAACGUGCAGCUGGGAGGCCUCAUUGAAGUCAUCAAGGAGAUGGACCAGGAAAUGUCAUGUGAGGAACAUGGAGAGAAGCUCCAUCUGUUCUGUGAGAAUGAAGGCAAGCUCAUCUGCUGGCGCUGUGAUCGGGGACCACAGCAUAGAGGGCACGCCACAACUCUGGUGGAAGACGCGUGCCAAGGCUACAAGGAAGAGCUCCAGAAAGCGGUGACACAACUGAAGCAACUGGAAGAGGAAUGUAUGAAGCUGAAGAUGUUCACGGCAAAGCAAAUAACUGAAUGGAAUGAGAAGAUAGAGAUUCAGAAACAAAAAAUCCAGUCUGACUUUAAGAAUCUCCAGAGAUUCCUCCAUGAGGAAGAGAAGUGUUAUCUAUGGAAACUAGAAAAAGAAAAAGAGCAGACUCUGAGGAGACUGAGGGACAAUAAGGUCCAUCUGGAACAGCAGAGCCAUGAACUCCAGAGCCACAUCCUGGAACUAGAGAAUAAAUGUCAGGGCUCAGCCCAGAAACUGCUUCAGGAUGUGAAAGACACUUUGAGCAGGAGUUGGGCUGUGAAGUUAGACAAACCAGAGCCACUCUCUUUGGACCUUCAUACUGUGUGCAAUGUUUCUGAGCGUUACUUUGAUGUGAAGAAGAUACUAAGGAGCCAUCAAGUCAGUGUGACACUGGAUCCAGAUACAGCUCAUUAUGAACUAGUUCUAUCUGAGGAUCGGAGACAAGUGACUCGAGGAUCCCCCCAGGAGAAUCUUGAUAGUUCUUCUAGGAGAUUUAGUGCCUUACCCUGUAUCCUGGGCUGUGAAGGCUUCACUUCAGGAAAACAUUACUUUGAAGUGGAUGUGGGAGAGGGAACUGGGUGGGAUUUAGGAGUCUGUAUGGAAAAUGUGCAGAGGGACACUAGCCUGGUGCAGACGCCUCAGUCUGGAUUCUGGGCCAUCAGACUGUGCAAAAAGAAAGGCUAUGUAGCGCUUACCUCUCCUCUAACUUCCCUUCAACUGAGGGAGCAGCCCCUGGUCGUAGGGAUUUUUCUGGACUGUGAGGCUGGAGUUGUAUCCUUUUACAACAUGACUACUGGCUCCCAUAUCUUCACCUUCCCGAAGGCCUCCUUCUCAGAUACUCUCCGGCCCUAUUUCCGGGUCUAUCAAUAUUCUCCUUUGUUCCUGCCUCCUCCAGAUGAGUAAGGAAAGGAGCAAAGUCUCCUUUUGGGCUUAACUGAUAGAGAAGAUAAUCUAAAUUCUAUGGGGGUAGAAACUUGGUCUGUUUUCUUCACUGUUAUUUCCCUGUACCGAUAAGAGUGCUGAACUUUUAGUGGAUGCUUAAUAAAUCAGAAUUGAAUAAAUGGC